GGUAAGUCACAGCCCUGUCCAGUUAGUUACUUAUUUUUAACUCAAGUGUUGGGUUUGUUUUGUGUUUCGACGAUGUGAAUUUGUGUUUAUUAAAGUUGAUUUAUUAUUGAUUUAAACACGUCUCAUGCCCCAAGUGAUUCCAACGAACCUGUGCUGUUGCACAUAUUAUCAAUAGUUUAUUCCUGAGGUGAAACUCCUCAGGUGGCGUUGUGGGCAACCUUUCAUUUACCGCUUUGCUACAUUCUGGCGUUGCUGGCAGGAUCUCACAUCUAAAGGGGCAGAGACGUGUUUUACUUUAAGGUCUGUAAAUGUUAAGGUCUGUAAAUGUGUUCAAACUAUGAGAGGCGUCCUCUCAUAGUUUGAGUGUUGUGUAUUCAGUGUUAAAGCCAGAACAGCAGUGUUUUAGUCUGAGUUCAUUCCACAAGCCAUUUUGUCAGGCCUCGGUGCAGCUUUACUUCAUCAUGGAGGAGGAGAUGCAACAACUUAGGGAGACCGUGUCACAGCUUAAGGCAGACAACGAACUACUUCGCCAGGCGCGUGCUGCAUCUCCGUUGGACCCCGGUGAGGCUGUUUUCUUUCCCUCUGCUGCAGCAAGUCAGGCACCGACUCCAAACAUAGCCGCCGCUGUCACAGAGCGACUGGUUGUGGUUCCUAGAGACCGUAAGUGUCCCAUGUUCAAUGGCAGGGCAGGCCUAGGAAUAACUGAGUGGAUAGAGGAGAUACAGGCAUGUGUGCGUGCUCGCCAUCUUCUUGCUGCUGACCAGGCCCUUUUUAUGGUUGAUCAUUUAGAGGGAGAGGCAAAGGAGGAAAUUAAGUUUCGCCCUAGUGCAGAGCGGCGAGACCCAGUACAGGUUCUUGCUAUAUUAAAGGAGCUAUAUGGCUGUGCUCAGUCGUACGUCACAUUACAACAGGCUUUCUUUUCUCGACGCCAACUCGAAGGAGAGACGUUGCAGGAGUUUUCCUUAGCUCUCAUGGCCUUAAUGGCACGGGUUAAGCAGUGUGUACCUGAUGGGAUGCCUAAUUCUGAUGUCCUCCUCAGGGAUCAGUUUGUGGAGCAUGUUCUCGAUAGCUCCCUUCGCCGGGAACUCAAGCAACUAGUUAGACGCCAGCCUACUGGCACCUUGUUGGAGCUUCGUGGUGAGGCAAUUAGGUGGGAGAGGGAAGGUCUUCCAGGGGGGGAUAGGGGUCGUAGCUCCUCCUUUCCAUCAGCUUAUGGUCUUCAAUAUGGAGUGCAGGGUCGCUUUCAAACCGCCCCUCCUGUUACUUCACCGGGGCCAUCGUUGAGUGAGUUGAUGGACCUUAUGAAGCAUCAACAGGAGCAGCGUAACCAGCUCACCCAGACCGUAGCCUCUCUACAGGCCCCCCGCUCCCAAGGUCAGACUUUUAAUAGUGGUCCUUUAAUCUGUAGAAGGUACAGAAAAUGUCCAGCAGCCUGGACAUUUUGCUCGGGAUUGUGAGGGUGAGCGGGCUCCAUUUCGACGCCUUGCUAAUUCAGCAGCUGGGUCGAACCCACGCCCCACCGCACCGUCCCAUUUCACUAGGCGAUCGGAAAACUGAAACCCACUGAGCUGCGGAGUCACAGCACAGUUGGGGAGCCCACAGACUCACAGGAAAGUGUAGGUGCUGAAUUAAUUUCUGCAUGUCCAAACAUUAAUGUAUUGAUUGGAGGAGUCACUGCUUUAUGCCUGGUGGACACUGGUUCCAUGGUGUCCACCGUUACUGAAAGCUUCUUUCUGGAGCAGUUUGCACCUUGGGGCCACGAGCGCCUUCAGUCUUCAGUCACUGGCUACAGCUCCGAGCAGCGAACGGUUUAGCAAUUCCAUAUAUAGGCUAUCUGGAGCUUGAUGUGGAACUAUGUGGCAAGGUGAUGCCCCGUUGUGGGAUUCUUGUUGUCAAAAACCCCUCUGGUUUUGCGUCUUCUGUCCCUGGUAUUUUGGGAAUGAACGUGAUACGCAAAUGCUAUCGAGAGCUUUUCGGUGCAUUUGGGCAUUUGGGUGCAUUUGGGCCUUCUCUUUUUGAUUCACUUUCAGUGUCACAGGCACCUGGUCCCGUUAUUGCGGCCUUGCAGCAGUGUCAUCAGUCUGCCGCCCAGACCCCAGGGGGCCACACUGGCAUUGUGAGAGUCCGAGGCAAACAAGCGCCUGCCAUCUCAGCGUCUCACGAAACCCCUCCUCCACCCCAUUCUCCUCCCGGCUCGAGGACAUUCACCUCAUCCGGACCCCGACCUCAACGGAUCGCGGAUUACGCCAAUGAAUCAAGGAUCAUAGCAGCGCCCAAUCAUGGUGGCAGCUGAUCGCGGACAAAGAAUUUUCAAAACUGCCUAUCAAGAUACGAUUACUAGUGGCAUUCAUUGCACUUCUGUCCAUCCUGGAAGAGGGAUCCCUUGCAUGCGUCUCUUCCUGAGGUUUCUACUUUUUUCCUGUCAAGGUUUUUGUAGUUUUUCCUUACCCUUGUGAGGGUUUAGGGCAGAGGAUGCCACACUAGCGAGUUCAAUAGGACUACGAGCAUUAGAUUUGCCUUCCAAACUUACAUUAGACGAUAAACCACCACCAGUGUCUAGACCCCGGGGGGUAUUCCUGUUCGAUGCUCUGCUACACCCCCUUCUAAAUCCUGAUGACAUCUCACAGGGGUCUAAAAUGCCAAAGACUGUUUAACAUUCUCAUUUCUGUGCGUGUAAAAAGAGAAUGAAUAAAAUCUGUUAAUUGGAAAUCAAGUCUCUCCUGAUUGAACUGAAAUUCUCCUUUACCCACGGACUAGUUUGGGCGUUUUAAACGCUGCCCAGGUUGUCAGCCUGCCUCUAGGAGUAACUGAGGAGAGGUCAACGUUAGUAACUGUCUCUUCCCAUACAGUUGCCCACGCAGUGUCAGAUAGGUUAGCCUCAAUAGAUCUGUCUGAAUUGUCUGAGCAUGAGCAAGCCAAUGUAAACUCCCUAAUAGGAAAAUAUCAAUCUGUCUUUUCAACCCAUGAAGGUGAUUUGGGCUGCACCAACCUUCUCUCCCAUGACAUACCUCUGCUCGAUGAGGUUCCUGUUCGUCAGAGGUAUCGGCGUAUCCCUCCCUCAGAAUACGAAGAAGUGAAGGCUCCCGUUAACCAACUGUUGGAGUCCCGGGUCAUUAGGGAGAGCUGUAGUCCAUAUGCAUCACCCAUAGUAUUAGCCCGGAAAAAGGAUGGGAACCUGCGCUUAUGCGUGGACUAUCGCCUCCUUAACAGUAAGACCAGAAAGGAUGCAUUCCCUCUGCCUCCUAUCGAGGAGAGCUUGGAUGCACUAUCUGGGGCUGGCUGGUUUUCCACCAUCGAUCUGGCCAGCGGUUAUAAUCAGGUCCCUAUGACGGAACAAGACCGGCCCAAAACUGCAUUUUGUACACCAUUUGGCCUUUUCGAGUUUAAUCGCAUGCCUUUUGGUUUGUGUAACGCCCCAAGCACUUUCCAGCGUCUGAUGCAGAGAAUGUUUGGUAAAGAGCAAGGUCAGUCCUUGUUACUGUAUCUGGAUGACAUUAUUGUCUUCUCAUCCUCUGUGGAACAACAUUUGCAGAGGCUGGAAAUAGUGCUUGAUCGGCUUCAAAAAGAAGGUCUUAAAGCGAAACUCGAAAAGUGUGCAUUCUUUCGACGGGAGGUCGGUUACUCGGCCGGGCACCACUCAAAUGUCCACCAUCUUCCUUACCCUGUUGACCUACAACCCCAGGAAAACAAUAUACCCCUAGGCCCGAUGUCCAAUGCCCAGUUGGCCAUUUUUAGGCCUUGGUGUUAAUUAGAUUUUUCUGGCCAUCGUCGGGCCGACGACGCAAAAAGGAGGGGAUAAAUGUGGCCAGAUGCGGGUGCCCUCCCUGCCACUGGGGGCGCUGUGCCUGCAUGCGCCCUCCCCGUCAAGGGUGGCGCUGUCGGCCUCUAUUUAAGGCAGCAGCCCACUCGUACUCGCGUCUCCCUGGCGUGUUGUUUCGGUCCGGGACCUUGGUCGGCACACUUGACUUGUCACAUUGCCGGACUGGCACUCAGCGUGGAGUCGCUCCACCAGGGAAGACGAGUGCGAUGGCGCGCGCCAGCGGGGUGAGUUACGUUGUCUGCCACCCUUGCUUCUAUCAUGCCAUAGCUGACACUGAUUCCACCUUACAGCUAAUGCUACAGGACUAAGCGGCGGCUAACAAAUCCCCCUCCCUCCGGGUUACGGAGACACUGCCUUGGCCUGACACGGUUGUUGAGGUCCUGCCCCCUCAUCGGCGCCCUGCAGCCCCGUGUACACAGAACUGGAACCUGCUGUUCUGGCACCCCUGGAAUUCAUUCAUCUACUGAAACUCUGGUUUAUUAUUGUUGAUUUUAAUAUCACAGAAACUAUUACAUGAAUUGACCAGCUCCGUGUCCAUGUGAACCAACACCCUUGAUCUAUACUCCACGCUACGCCUUCACGGCACGUGGAGGGGACACGUGCAGGGGGACUUCCAUAUUUUAUAGUUACAUUUAACUUAGUUUUAUUGUAUUUGUAUGUGUUAUUUUGUUUGUUUGUUCAAAAGUGUUUUAACCCUUGACUUGUUUUAAUAAUAUUUUUGUUGUGGUCAGG